AUGCCGGAAAGCGUGCUGCUACUAGCUAGCUACAUCACCAUGGCCGAGGCCGAGCCAGAUCUGAGCACGUUCGAGAACAAGUCGGGAUUGGCCGAGGACAUGAAGUUCCUUGCUUCGAUGCCGGAACUUUGUGACGUCACCUUUUUGGUGGGCGAGACCAGGGAACCGGUAUGCGCGGUGAAGGCUGUAUUGGCUGCGCGAUCGAGAGUUUUUCAUAAAAUGCUUUACCAAGCCCCAAGUCCUCAACGUAAAAAAGAACCACCUCCAAGGGAAAACAAGUUGCGAUUGUUUCUUAAAAGAUCCUCUGAGCCAUUGUUGAAUCUUCAAAAUGCAUCUCAACAUCAUCAGCCCCAGUCCCAGCAACAUCAAACUUUGAUCAUAGAAGAAUUCGAACCGGAUGUUUUUCGACAAUUAAUCGAGUAUAUUCAUACUGGUUGCGUUACCUUACAGCCAAGAACUUUACUAGGCGUAAUGAACGCAGCUGAUUACUAUGGACUGGAUGAGCUGCGCAGAGCUUGCGCAGGAUUUGUUCAAUGUUGCAUCAACGUAGACACAGUCUGCGCAUUAUUGGCAUCGGCUGAACGUUACAUCCAGUACAAAUGCACAAAAUCACUCGUGCAAAAGGUUCUUGAAUUUGUCGACGAACACGGAAACGAAGUACUAAAUUUGGGCUCCUUCACUCUCCUCCCUCAACACGUGGUCCGACUAAUUUUGGCCAGAGACGAGCUUCAAGCUGACGAGUUCACCAAAUUUCAAGCUGCUUUGAUGUGGGGUAAGAAAUACUGCGACAACAAUCCAACGACCAGCCUGAAAGAAGUCAUCGGCAACUUUUUGGAGUACAUUCAAUUCCACAAGAUUCCAGCCAACGUUCUAAUGAGAGAAAUUCAUCCGUUAGGAUUAGUUCCUUACAGUAUCAUUAUGAAUGCGCUGGCUUAUCAGGCAGACCCGAACAGCGUUGACCCCAGUAAACUCUCCCCCAAUCGGGUAAGACGUCAAGACCAAGGCAGAUCGAUGAGCGUACAAAGCAGCUUGGACCCUUACGGUUCCAACACCACUCUGAGUUCUUCCGGAUCGUCUGCCGAGCUAGCUUCUUCCGAUGGCAAGCAUGCUUCUUCCGAUGGCAAACAUAACUCCAAUUAA